CCUUUUUAAUAUUGGUCUGUAAAAUACGUGUUGUAUUUUUCUUGGUUUUGUAAAUAAGAAAUACAACAUGCCACGUGAAAUCAAGGAAGUGAAGGAUUUUCUGAACAAAGCUCGGCGCACCGAUGCUCGUGCUGUCAAAAUAAAGAAGAACCCAACGAAUACCAAGUUCAAGAUCCGUUGCUCACGUUUCCUCUACACGCUUGUGGUCCAAGACAAGGAGAAGGCCGACAAAAUCAAGCAGUCCCUGCCACCAGGUCUGCAGGUGAAGGAAGUCAAGUAGACGCGUCUUAACCUAUCUUCUUCGGGCAUUAUCUUUAAAAAUAUGUUCUGUAUGGAAUAAAACACAUGGACAAGAUGUAAAAUAUA